AUGAGCGUCUCCAAACCUCCGCCGCCCCCGUCCACCUCUCACCUGGCCAUUCCCCCUUCCUCAACUUCCACCCCUUCCUCAUCCGCCUCCUCCCCCUUGGCGACGCCCCACUCCACCGCUCUGCCCCCUCCCUCACCAGUCAAGAUCUCUAUGCAGGAGCACUUUGCCAUCAACGUGUGCCCAGGCCCUAUCCUCCCCAUCCCGCAGAUCUCAGACUUCUUCCCGCGGUUCCAUGACUACCCCUGCACGCCGCCGCCUCCGAGGGAGAAGAAGAUCCUAAAAGAAGAGACUUUCAACGGGGAGACGGGUAUAGGAUACAAGGAUGGAGAGAGGAGGGAGAGCAACGAUGGAGACAGGGAGGAGGCGCUUGACUCUGAUGACGAUGACACCUACCUGGGAACGUUGGAGUUCAGUCUGCUCUUUGAUCAGGAGAACAACUGUCUUCAUUGUACUAUUCACAAGGCAAAGGGACUGAAAGCCAUGGACUCCAAUGGGCUGGCUGAUCCAUACGUCAAGCUUCAUCUUCUCCCCGGGGCUAGCAAGGCAAACAAGCUACGCACAAAAACCCUGAAGAAUACACUGAACCCAGUGUGGAAUGAAACGUUGAUGUAUCAUGGCAUCACAGCAGCCGACAUGACCACCAAAACGCUCAGGCUGUGUGUAUGUGACAUGGACAGACUCGGACGAAAUGAAUUCAUUGGAGAGGUGAGAGUUCCCCUGAAGAAACUGAGAGAGGGUGAGAGCAAACGCUACAAUAUGGGCCUGGAGAGAAUUGCACAGAAUAAAGAAACUAACAAUCAAUUGGUGGAGCAGGGAGCGCUCGUGGGAGAGGAGGAGCGUGGCCGCAUCCUGGUGUCCCUGUGCUAUAACACAGAGAAGAGCUGCCUGCUUGUUGGGAUCAUACGCUGUGCCCAUCUGGCCGCCAUGGACUCCAACGGCUACUCUGACCCCUUUGUCAAAAUCAUCUUGCAGCCAGAUAUGGGGAAAAAGUCCAAGUACAAGACUUCAGUGAAGAAAAAGACUCUGAACCCUGAAUUCAAUGAGGAGUUUUCAUAUGAAGUAUCCCUGGACCAGCUGGCAAAGAAAACCCUGGAGAUCUCUGUGUGGGACUACGACUUGGGAAUGAGCAACGACUUCAUAGGCGGAGUGGAGCUGGGCAUCAAUGCAAGUGGACAGAGACUCAAACACUGGUUCGAGUGUCUCAAAAACAAAGGGAAGAAAGUGGAGCACUGGCAUACGCUCACACAGCAAGGAGCCCCGAGCGGUGACAAACCGGACUAGAUUACACAAGACAUCCAUGCAUACAAACACAUACGCACUAACACACACACACACACACACACACACACACACACACACAUUUGUCUCACUGAAAGAUGGUUGAUAACAGAUACCAAGUAAAGUAGUAAUAAGAGCAAAGGAUAAAACAUGCAAUAAUAAUAAUAAUAAUGUUGAAAAUGGAACCCAUCAUAUAACGCCAAUAAUUACCAAGUAUUAGUAUAUGAUAAUCAUACUAAUAUUAGUGAUGGUAAUAAUGUGUAAUCUGAAUACAUUUUUUUAAAUGUAUUUUUUUCUAAAGGUGAACCAAAUUGUGACGAUGUCCUCAUUAAAGUGUUGACGUAACAAAACAAUACUCACAAAACUGUGCUUUAGACCUUACUGUAUUGUGGAAGUCACUCAUAUUCCGUCAUUCAAAUUUACACCUAAUGAAGAGAUUUGAGACCAAUGUACUCAAAAUUAAUUCAGUGAAAGGGGCCAAAAGUAUAUGCACCCUAGUGACUCAUAAUGCGGUAUAUAGUUACAGGAGAGGGGACAUUACGAAAAGGGUGACUCUGUUUCUGGAAAGUCUCUGUUUUAGUGGUUGUUGAUCUGAUGCAAAACAACACACCGUAUUAUAAAGCACAAUACGAUCCAUUGGUGGAUUUGUACCUUUACGGUUUCAGUGUUCUUGUUCUUAUGUCUUUCAUUGUCUUUCAGUGACAGUGGCUUUCUAUACACCUUCAUAUCAUGACAUUAACAUGUCAGUGUGUGUGUGUGUGUGUGUGUGUGUCUGUGUGUGUGUGUGUGUGUGUGUGUGUGCGCAUGAGGGCUAUGAGAAUAUGAGUGCCUACAUUUUAUGUCUGUCUGUGUUCACGUCAUGCCCUAUUCAAAAUGUCUCCAUUCAACUUCCAAAACACAGAGGAGUGAAGAAAUAAUAACAAAGGACAAGAAAUAGGCAUACAAGAGAGAAAUCCUCCGCUGACCUCCACCAUAGACCUCAGUGGUGUGGGUGAUCCUGGCUGGAGGACACUGACAAGCUGUCAAUCGUGUGUGCCAGACCUUUGCCAUCUCUCUCUCUCUUUCCAUUUCUCUCCCUUUUGCCAGACUGUCAUAGAGCAACUUUAAGAAUGGAGUAUAUCUUGAUACAUAACCUCUGACUGCUCUUUUUGACUUUCCUGAUGGAAAAAGAUGUGUCCGUGACAGGCAGAGCGGAUAUUGCUUUUGGAGGUACCAUUUGUACCUUCACUCUGCUGCUGCGUUAUGAACCAGGAUCAGGUUUACCUCAGUGUCUCCAAUUCUGCUCCAACAGAGUCACAGAUGAUGCAAGAUUUUCUCCCUGCAGGGCAAUAUCACGGCAGUAAUAUAUUAAUUUGAAAAUUCAGGCAUUUCAUUGAUCCUGUAAUCUGAUUUAUGACAAUAGGGCUGCCCAAAGAUUGAACACCUCCCCUAAUCCACCUUUGUACACUGUCAGACACUGUCCUUGAGAGGAUCUGAAAGAAAAUAUGUAAAAGACAUUUAGCUGAAAUCAACCAUCAGAGGGAGUCAUUGAUGGGAUCAUUAUUCCAGUCAUCCCAUUACUUCUGACCUAUUAAAUAUUAGGCCUAUAGUGGAAUAUAUUUCAUCCUCUGGACAGGAGACAAGACCACUGGGACUGCUGCUUGACUGCUGAGGUAUAUUGUGUGCAGUUAGUAGAAAUGCAGACAUAGAGAGUGUACCCCCCCAACCUGCAUGGAAACAUAUUUUGCAGCAGGGGACAGUGUAUAAUCGCAGGCUAGGAUCCAAGAUAUUUAAAAACUACGCAAGAUUGCACACUUAACCUUAACCUCCAUGCAUGUUGUGUGUGUCUCUAUGCACAUCUUUGCAUAUUGAUGAUGUAUAUGGGCUAGACUAUCACUGAAUUGUCUAAAUGCCUGCCAGGAUAUCAAAUGUACUCCCCCGGUUCAUCUGUCACUACAGCUCUGGCCAUACACUGGUUCACAAAAGCACACCCACAGUCGGUCAGUGGCCUCCGGGACUUUUCUAACUGUUGAAUCGAUCCGGCUGCUCAUUUUCUUGGUGUCCUUCAACAACCUUCAUCGUUGACUGCAAAAAAAAAAAAAAAUGGAUGGACCUUCAGUGGUGAAUUAGGUUUCGAAUAAAAAAGGGCUUGGGCAUUAUGAAAAGCUUGUGUUGUAACAGUAAACUUAAACACUUUUCAGUUAGACCUUAAAUGAAUUUAACAAGAGGGUUGGGCAAGUAUGGUGGGUUUAUUCUGUACUUUUUCUAUGCACAUCAAAACAACACGUGAGCAGUAAGAUAAUCAAACCAAAACAAGAACAUGAUCGUGUUAUCCAGGCAUCAAAGAUGCAUUUCUGGGAAUACUCAGUACUCUGAUUGGGGCUAGGCUGGGUGACAGUGAUCUAAUAGAGUUCACAUUUCUGGCUGGAUGCUUGCUUAUCCCUGUGUCUGGAUCUGUUGGUUUUGUUUACAGCCACCGAAUUUUCUGACUCUUGUCUAUUGACCCCGCUUUGCUUAUGUAAUAAUUUUAUCUGCAAUACAGCUGCAUGUUUAGCAAUCACCAUCAGCUUGUGUAAUAGAGUGCAACCUUAGCUGAUCAUUCUGAAUGCUGAUGUGUUUACAAUCUAUGCCAUCCAUUCAGUCUCUUACCAUGAGUCUGUAUGUGUUUGUUUGUGAAUAUGAUGAUUCAGGGUAUUUUUUGCUCAGUCGCUGUGCUUUACCAAGCAAGCUAUUGAUAAAAAAAAAAAAAACCUUUUCUGUCACAGAUUUUGACACUUGUCUUCCUUAAAGUGAUAUCAGUGGUAAUGAUGCAGGAGGGCCAGUGAGAAUGAGAUGGGAAUUCAUUACUGCAGUUCCUGUGUAGUCACUGUCAAUGUCAAUCACACAGUAUGGCUGCCAUCCCGUGGUGGGUUUGUGUAACUACUUCGCUAAAUAAAUUGAA